AUGGAAGACGCGAUGGACGAAGAUGAGGAUGAGGAGACGCUCCAGUUGAAGUUGCAGGAAAUCCAGGCGCGGCUGAAGUUGAAGAAGCUCCAGGCUGCGAAGGCGCAAAAGAAUGGCUUGUCGAAUGGAGAGAAUGAUAUACCAACGCCAACCUCUGCGACGACGUCAAGAGUGGGUGUGCGGGCCCAGUCGCGGCUUGCCCAGGAGAGAGCAGAGAAACUCGAGCGGCCAAAGUCACAAGCAGCUAUACAAGUCCCAGCAUCACCAGUCAGGAAAGCUCAGCCGCCCACAAACGUCCAGACUUCUCCAAGUAGGGUAACCCUGGGUAUCGACAAGGGGUGGAAAGCCAAUGACGUUUCACUGAAGAGAGCAGCGAGUUUGAGGAGGACGCAGGAUGACAAUCACAAUGGGGGAUAUCUACAGAGAUCGAAGUCGGCUGCUGGCCGAACAGAAGCGCCUGCGAGGCCCCUGAGCUUCAACGAGAGACUCGCCUCGGCCCGCACAGAUGAGAUCACAAAACGUGAGAAACAGGAGAGGAUACAGAAGCUGCGGAGCAAAGCCUUUGAUCUAGGGAAGGAGGAAAUGGAGCAGUACAAAAGCAAAGCCGUGGAUAUUCCGGAUGUCACUUCACAUACCCAAGGGUAUAGCCGAGAUGAAGUCCUCUCGAAUUUCCAGAACUCGAAAGGGGGCUACCUAAGACAUAGCAAGACAGCACCAAACCUGAACUCUAGCUCACAGCCAGCUGGAGACGAAGCCGAUGCUCCCUCCUUCGAGCCAUAUUCUGGGAUACACCUCUCAAGCCGAUUCCUCCCGCAUCAGGUUCUCACACGAGCCAUAACCGGAAAGAAGACAUAUUUGCUCAAAGAUCUUCUCGCAAAAGUCAAGGCGCCAGACUUCGCGCUGCCAGACGACGAGUCAGACGUGGUAGUCUUCGCCAUCAUCGCCUCCAAAUCCGACCCCAAAGCCCACAAGCCAGGGUACGACAGCUCGGGCAACCCCAAGCCCCAGCAGGACCGCGGCAAGUACAUGGUGAUCACGCUCGUCGACCUGGCGUACGAGAUGGACCUCUUCCUCUUCAACACGGGCUUCGACCGCUUCUGGCAGCUGGCGACGGGGACCGUGGUCGCGAUCCUCAACCCGAACAUCAUGCCGCCGCCGCCGAACCGCGUCGACACGGGCCGCUUCAGCCUGGUGAUCAACAGCGACGGCGACACGAUCCUCGAGGUCGGCGUGGCGCGCGACCUCGGCUACUGCAAGUCGGUCAAGAAGGACGGCCAGCUGUGCAGCGCGUGGGUGAACGCGCGGCGCACCGAGCACUGCGAGUUCCACACCAACGAGGCCGUGUCGCGCAUGCGCCGCGGCCGCACCGAGCUCAACAUGAUGGACUUUGGCGCCGGCGGCAAGGGCCAGGAGGGCCGCGACUACAGGCGCAGCGCCGCGUACAAGUACAAGCCGUCGGAGCGCAAGAAGGCCGACCAGCCCGGCAAAUGGGACCGCGAGACGCAGAGCCGGCUGUUCGUCAGCGGCGGCGGCGGCGGCGGGGGCCCCAGCGCGGCGUCGCUGAUCGACCGUGAUGGUGGCGGGCUGGCGAAUCUAGACACGCGCGAGCGCGCCGAGGGUCUGAAGAGGCGCCUCGCUGCCAAGGAGAAGGAGCGUGAUAUCGCAAAGAGGCUAGGUGAGCUGGGGAGGGGCGCGGGACGCGACUAUAUGCGUCUCGAGGCCAACGACACCUCUUCAAAGGGCCAGAACGGGUUCGGAUCGAGCCUGUCCUCCUCGGCUACGCUCCCCAGCAUGACUUCAGGGAGCAGUAGCACAACCGUCGGCAACGAGCCCAGGGACGCCAGGUCGCUCGGACUGCUCGCGCCCAAGGGCACGCAGCUGGACAUCCGCCUCAGCCCCGUGAAGCGCAAGCGACCCGCCAGCGUGGCGUCCACGUCGACGAACGGGACGCUCGGCGGCGGCAAGGGCGGGUUCGGCUGGGGCACCUCGUUGAAGGACAAGCUCGCGCGGAUGAAGGAGGGCGAGAAGCUGCACCGCGACGGGGCCGGGGCCGGGACCGGGGCCGGAAGUGGCAUACCGGCGAGCAGCAGCGGCAAUAGCAUCGCCACCAGCCUCAGCUCGGGGACCACGGCCACGGGUCGGAGCAGCAGGGGGGACCGGUCGCCGGUGCGCAAGAAGACGCGCUUCGUGACGGAGAAGGGCAUCCGUGAGGCCGGGCGGGAGAGCCUCGGGGCGGAGCUCGCAGUGACGGGCGGCAAUGCUGCCAAGACGGCUCUCCAAAGGCGGCAGGUCAUGCUCGAGGACGACGACGAUGACGAAUUAGUGAUUGUAAAGUAG